GAGAUGCGAGAGUCUGGAUUACCUCCACAGUUUGAGCACUUUGGGAUUUCUCUAUCAUAAGGGAUACCGGCAUCUUCCAAGCGCUCAAGGUUCUCUUCAAUAGACUCAGGCCAACGCUCUUUGAGAUUGGCACGCUGGGGCUUCGGACUGUAGUAAAACCCAACGACAUACUUGCAGUCCAGCUUGCCUUGAAGAUUGAUCACACUGAUACAGUCACCAACGGGCUUUUCCUGUUUUCAAACGUGCAAUUAGCACUCACGGACGGUAAGAAGGACAAGUCAUGAGUACUACUAACCAUCGCAAUAAGGUAAAAAUUAAGGUUGUCCUGACGCAUCUUGUUUUCAAUAUCAACGAAAGUCGCAUCAGGGAUCGCCUUAGAAUAGAUCUUCAAAGCCUGUCUUCCUUCCUCAAGGUCCCUCUCCUCACUGGCCUUCUGCAUGGCUGCCCAGGCCUCCUCUGGAAGCUUGUCUGGUAUGUUGUUCAGGUCGAACUUGCGGUUCUCCUUGCAAUCAAUGGUUCUAUGACCUUUGUAACCAUAGUUCCUGCACACAUCAGGAGGUUUCUCAGGGCACUGAGCAGCAGGAUGGCCUUCCUGGUUGCAGACGCGGCAAGUGCCUUUGAAAACACGAGGUUUGCUGCAUUCUGCUCUGCUGUGACUGCAGCUUAUCUUAGCAAUAGACAACCAUUCAAUCGUCAUGUUGCUUACCCUUCCUCACCGCAGUUGAAGCAGGCCAUACCCUUACGGGGCUCAGGGCAGUUACGUGCGAAAUGAUCAUCGCUUCCACAGCUGUACAUGCGUUAGUAAAUGAAAAAGAAAGCCAUAGAAGCUAACCUACUUGCGGCAU